UAAAUGUAACUUGCAGUUUAUUGUAAAAAGGGUUAAGUCUAAAAACCGGAUCAGGUCUGAGGGUCCGGGUUCCGCUCUCUGUCCCCGGACACACACAGGACUGUACCCCGCUAACGGAGCUCUAUCCCCGGACACACACAGGACUGUACCCCGCUAACGGAGCUCUAUCCCCGGACACAAGCAGGACUGUACCCCGCUAACGGAGCUCUGUCCCCGGACACACACAGGACUGUACCCCGCUAACGGAGCUCUAUCCCCGGACACAAGCAGGACUGUACCCCGCUAACGGAGCUCUGUCCCCGGACACACACAGGACUGUACCUCGCUAACGGAGCUCUAUCCCCGGACACAAGCAGGACUGUACCCCGCAAACGGAGCUCUGUCCCCGGACACACACAGGACUGUACCCCGCUAACGGAGUUCUAUCUCCGGACACAAGCAGGACUGUAUCCCGCUAACGGAGCUCUAUCCCCGUACAGAGGCAGGACUGUACCCCGCUAACGGAGCUCUAUCUCCGGGCACAAGCAGGUACAGACGCUCUCUGACGUCACAUCGCACCUGUCCGGUCUUCGGUUCCUCUCGGAUCUACUCGGCUUGUGUCACCGAAGGUGGUGACCUCAUCCAGCGAUAUUUUUUUGCCCCUCCCCCCAUGAUGGCGUCAUGGCGACGGUGUCUAUUAGCCAUCCUGCUGAUUUGGCUCCUCCUCUUCCUGUCUCUGCUGUGUCACUUCCUGGACCUCCGGUUCUCGUCGCCUCCUUGGACCAGGUCUGCAGCAGAACCCGGCCUCCCCAGGGCCGAGCCCCGCCGCCCGGCCUCGGUGGCUCGGCGCCGGGCCCUCAGACCUGCCGGGGCCCCUGAGGAGGACUGGAGGAGGAGGUCCGAGGACUACUACAGGAGGCGGUCCCUGGAGGUCCUGCAGAGGUUCUGGACCGGGAACCUGACCGUGGACAUGCUGGGUCCACGACUCCAGAAGGUCCUGAAGGUCCAGCUGAGCUCCAACAAACACCAGGUGGUGUACCGGGGGCCCCGGGGGCCCCGCAGGUCCGGCCCUCAGCUGUACUGCGAGCUGAAGAGGAGGACCAGGAUCCGGACCGUGGACGGGACCCAGGAGCCGUUCUCCAGUCUGGGCUGGGCCCGCCUGGUGCCACCGCGGCCCCUGGACCAGAUCCAGACCCCCCAGUACCGGACCUGCGCCGUGGUGACAUCAGCCGGGUCCAUUUUAAACUCCUCACUGGGGGCCGAGAUCGACUCCCAUGAUGCAGUUCUGCGUUUUAACUCCGCCCCCACCAGAGGCUUCGAGAGAGACGUAGGCAACAAGACCACCCUCCGCAUCAUCAACUCCCAGAUUGUGUCUCGUCCGGAGCAUCAGUUCAGCAGCAGUCCGUUGUAUCGAGACGUCGCCCUGCUGCUCUGGGACCCGGCGCCGUACUCGGCCAACCUCACUGCGUGGUUCCUGAAGCCUGACUUCGAUCUGUUCUCUCCGUACGUGGAACGGCGCCGCCUCCGACCCCAGCAGCCGUUCUACGUUCUCCACCCGGAGUUCAUCUGGUCUCUGUGGGACCUGAUCCAGGACCACACCCAGGACCAGAUCCAGCCCAACCCGCCCUCCUCCGGAUUCAUCGGCAUCGUGGUGAUGAUGUCACUGUGCCGUGAUGUCAGCGUCUAUGAGUUCAUCCCGUCGCUGCGUCGCACUGAUCUGUGUCACUACUACGAGCGUUACCGUGACAACGCCUGUACGCUGGGAGCCUACCACCCUCUGCUGUACGAGAAGCUGCUGCUCCAGAGGAUGAACCAGGGGACCCCCAUGGACCUGGAGGCCAAAGGAAAGCUCACGCUGAGGGGCCUCAGAAACCUCAGCUGUGGGGGACAACCUGGAGGAACCUCCAGGUGACCUGAUGGAACCUCCAGGUGACCUGAUGGAACCUUCAGGUGACGUGAUGGAACCUUCAGGUGACCUGAUGGAACCUUCAGGUGACCUGAUGGAACCUCCAGGUGACCUGAUGGAACCUCCAGGUGACCUGAUGGAACCUUCAGGUGACCUGGUAGAACCUCCAGAUGAUCUGAUGGAACCUCCAGGUGACCUAACAGAUCGUCCAGGUGACCUGGUAGAACCUCCAUGUGGAACCGUGUGGAGCCAAUAGUUCUGAUCAGUUAAUUGAUCAGUUAAUUGAUCAGGGCAGAUCGUCUUCAACAUUUUAAUGAACGUCGACUCUGGAUGUAGUUCUUUUAUACAAAUUAAUUUUUCACUAAUUAUGAGGAAGAAGAACUUCCUGCUGUUAUAAAUGUUUACAGAACAUGUACAGAAUGUUUACAGAACCUUUACAGAAUGUUUACAGAACCUUAACAGAAUGUUUACAGAAUGUUUGUAGAGUGUUUACAGAUCUUCUAGAACAUGUGAUCUAACAUUAAUAAUGUCUUAUAUCUGAUAGAACAUGUGAUGAUCAUUUGGGAGUUUUUCAAUAUAAAGCGAUGUUUUAUUGACAGUAUUAAAUUAAAGUGUUUGUAAACUGAUUUAAUAUAAUAAUAUAAUAUAUAAUAUAAUAAAAUAUAAUAAAAAUAUAA